AUAUAAAGCCCCCAUCGUCUCUUUUUUGUGAACCCUAGCCCACUCCCUCUGUUGCUCUCAGCUGCCGAUCUUCUGCAAUGGCUUUUGCCAAGGCUCACAAGUCCAAGGCCUACUUCAAGAGGUUCCAAGUCAAGUACAAGAGAAGGCGAGAGGGUAAGACUGACUACCGGGCAAGAAUCAGGCUCAUCAAUCAAGACAAGAACAAAUACAACACGCCCAAGUACCGGUUUGUUGUGAGAUUUACAAACAAGGAUAUUGUUGCUCAGAUCGUAUCUGCCAGCAUUGCUGGCGAUUUGGUCCUUGCAUCAGCCUAUGCUCAUGAGCUGCCACACUUUGGGCUUGAAGUUGGUCUCACAAACUAUGCUGCAGCUUACUGCACUGGGCUUCUCUUGGCUCGCCGUGUCUUGAAGACACUUGAGAUGGAUGCUGAGUAUGAGGGCAAUGUUGAGGCUACUGGUGAGGAUUUCUCUGUUGAGCCAACUGAGAGCAGAAGGCCUUUCCGUGCUCUUCUUGAUGUUGGCUUAAUUAGGACAACUACUGGAAAUCGUGUGUUUGGUGCCCUGAAGGGAGCUUUGGACGGUGGUUUGGAUAUUCCACACAGUGAUAAGAGGUUUGCUGGUUUCUCCAAGGACAACAAGCAGCUUGAUGCUGAGGUCCAUCGCAAGUAUAUCUAUGGUGGCCAUGUUGCUGCAUACAUGAGGACUUUGAUGGAGGAUGAACCAGAAAAGUAUCAGAGCCAUUUCAGUGAAUACAUUAAGAAAGGAAUAGGAGCAGAUAACAUUGAAGAGAUUUACAAGAAAGUGCAUGCAGCCAUCAGGGCCGACCCUACAAUGAAGAAAUCUGAAAAGCCUCAACGCUCGGAACACAAGAGGUUUAAUCUCAAGAAGCUUACCUACGAGGAAAGGAAGAACAAAUUGAUUGAGAGACUGAAUGCCUUCAACUCAGCCGCCCAUGCUGAUGACGAUGACGAUGAGUGAUCAAGAGAUUUACUUCCUGUAGCUUGUCUACCCUAAAGCAUGCAAUGCGCGAUUUGAGUUAUAAUAUCCACCUAGGACACCUUUUUAAUUUUCUUCACUAGAACAUGGAUUACUCUAUUGGGUGUUUUUCUUGUUUGGUGAUGGAAGCUAGAAAUGCGACUAAAGUUUUGACGGCUGUUAAUUAAUCUAUUAUCUUAUC